AUGGCCGAGGAGAAGACGUUUCGCUACGGGUUCAUCAUGCUGGGCUUCUUCCUGGUGAUGACUGGGAUGUUCAUCAUGAGCGUGGAGAAGCCCCAGAUCUACGCCACCUUCUGUGCUGGGGGCAUCCUGCUCAUUGCCGUGGGCGUCACAUGGAGCAUGUGCCAGUGCUACCCCAGGGUGACAUUUGUCCCUGUGCAGCCUGAGGCUGAGAAGUUUCCAGACCACAAAGCCACACUGCUGCUGGAGAAGGGCAACCUGGAGACACUCAGCCUGCAGGAUCCCUACAGCAGUGCCUACGAGAAGAGCCUGCCCUCCUACGAACAGGUCCAGGCAUCAGCACAGCCCCGGCCCCGCAGCUGCUCACAGGCACUGCUGCAGGCAAAGGCAGAGGUGCACCAGGAGUCGGGGGGACCCCAAGAAUCCCCCCAGGUGGCAGCCCCGCAGCUGGAGCCUGGCAGUUGCCCCUCCCAGCCGCCCCUGGGCCCUGCACCACUGGUAUCCCUCCUGGAGGACAUGGACACGGCCUCGCUGGAGAGCUCUGUGCCUGGCAGCCCCUCAUCACCCCAAAGCUGCUCUGGACAGGGGGAGCAGCCCGGCUCCCCACGAAAAGCCAGCAGGAAGGUGAAUGAUCUCUACUAUGGGCUGGGAGAGGGGUCAGACAUUCUCCUCGAGGACAGCGACCACCUUUUUGAGCCUGAAAAAUGA